UUGAAAACGAAAGGAAGACAGACAACUUCUAUGUACAUUCCUUUUACCAGUAACAACUUUAUUUGGUGUAGAAUAAUCUGUCUGGUGAUUCACUUUUACUUUACCUCUACCUCCCAUUAGAGAUCAACACCGACCUGUCAUUAAGUGAACUAACUAAUAUAGAACCAUAUAACUUGGACGUUUUUUGCAUUGUGCAUUGACACACUUAUUUGUGGUCAGGGAGGGAAUUCCUUAAAAUUGGGGAGGAUAUGGCCAUGUGGGGAGGAGAUUACUUCACUACUUCUGCACGAAGAAUGGCUCUGUCAGGGCCACGGAAUGGCAGAACCUACAUCAUGUACCAUGGCACCUCUUGGUGGGCUGCACAGAAAAUCAUGGCCAAAGGUUUUUGUCAAUCCAAGCGUGGCAUGUUGGGGCAGGGUGUGUACCUAAGCCGGGACCUGGAGAAGGCUAGUAGAUACCCCCUGGACCUCACUGAACACCAGAAGGUUGUCAUCAAAGUUCAAGUCAAUGUGGGCAAGGUGAAAAAAGUAGACCGCAAAGGCCACCCUUUGCAGAAGACGUGGCAUGACAAAGGUUACGACUCAGCCUGGGUUCCUCCUAACUGUGGCAUGGUGAAGAGUGGUUUAGAAGAGAACUGUGUCUGGGACCCAAACCGCAUUACUGUUUUAGACACUAUCAAAUCAAAAACAGAGCCCACCUUACAAAGUGAGGACACUGAUGAGGAAGAGGAUGGGGAGGAUACUGAGGAGGAGGAAGAAGGGGUGGAGGGAGAGGAGGAGGAUUAUGAGGAAGAGGGGGUUGAUGAAGAGGAGGAGGGGGAUUAUGAGGAAGAGGGGGUUGAUGAAGAGGAGGAGGAGGAGGAGGAAGAGGAUUAUGAGAAAGAAGUGGUGGAGGGAGAGGAGGAGGAUUAUGAGGAAGAGGGGGUUGAUGAAGAGGAGGAGGAGGAUGAUUAUGAGAAAGAAGAGGAAGCAGAUGGGGACACUGAGGAGGAGGAGGAUGAGGAGGAAGCGGAUGGGGACACUGAGGAGGAGGAGGAGGAGGGAGAGGACGAGAAGGAGGAGGAAGCGGAUGGGGACACUGAGGAGGAGGAGGAGGAGGAGGAGGAGGAGGAGGGAGAGGAAGAGGAGGAAGCAGAUGGGGACACUGAGGAGGAGGAGGAUGAGGAGGAAGCGGAUGGGGACACUGAGGAGGAGGAGGAGGAGGGAGAGGAAGAGGAGGAAGCAGAUGGGGACACUGAGGAGGAGGAGGGGGACACUGAGGAGGAGGAGGAAGAAGAGGAGAUGGAGGGAGAGGAGGAUUAUUAGGAAGAGGAGGAGGACUCAUGGUGAAGAUAAGCAGGCAAUUCUAUGAACUCAGUGGUGUUUUUAACACAUCUACUCUCUCUCUCUCAGGCUGAGGGACAUUGUAAAAUGUCAGCUAAUUUGUUAUUUUGGGAAAGUAACUUCUGUAGAUGUUUACUUACUUAAUGUGAUUCAUUUGCAUUUGUCCCACAGGUGUGAGACACAAUAAUGGUCAUGAUUAGGGACAUGAGUUUUUCCCGACCACAAUGGCCUGACCAGGAUAAACUCCAGGCUCUGGUUAUGAUACACAGAUUUAGGGGCCCAAUGUUGUUCCUGGUCAGGUACAUCAAACUUGAUAUACACUGAAAGAAGACUAAGUGCUUCACAUGUACUGUAUAGCCAGAGGAUAAUAAACAUGUUUUUGUACUUGCUGACCUUUGGUGGUAAAGCUAUUACAAUGCUGACAUCAGACAUCAAUAUAACAACCAUAGAAAUAUGGCUGAAAAUACAGCCUGUCGACUAUCUACGUAUUCAGACAUUAUACAGUGUUACAAUCUAGACAGACAUACAACCAUAACACAAAACAUUAUUACCCUUCUCCAUCCUUGCACAGUGGGGGACUUGUAUAACACGCACGCACACACACACACAAACUGCAGCAACAUGUCCAGCCCUAGUCUGUUAAUCUGUGUGGUCAUCCUCUGGGGACAGGGCUGACAGAGAUUUCCUCAGUGUGCUGUUACCAAAACGUAUGUAUGUGUGUGGUGUAUAUAUGUUACUCAAUGUGUGUGUGUCUACUAGCUCACCCACCACCACCGCACACAGGCGGCCGGUCACCACACGGCCACGCCAAAGCCCCUUGUAUACCUCCCCCUGCCUCCCUCCUCUCCCUCUCCCUGGCUGGCUAACAGUCUGUCUCCCCUCCACCCCCAACACACCAAUCUCCCCUGCCUGCCUUCCUCACCUGUUAAGACUGUCGCUAUACAGGAACGACCAGGAAACAUUGGGUCCUUGAUGAAAAUGCAUGUUCUGACACUCACAUUGGCGGAUAUUGUGGCCUUACCAAUACAGAAGGAAUCACACACACACACACACACACACACACACAGUCUUGAAAGGAGGCUAUUUGAAGUAAUGGAGCAUGUCAAUGGAAGAAAAUGUUUGAUUAAAUAUUUAUUUGAAGUAUUGCAGAUCACAUUCAAAGAUGAGGUACAAAAGAAGUGGAUUUGAUACAGCUGACCAAUUUGUCAUAAUUGUAUUUUUAUUUAGCUUUGUGUUAUUACAUGAAAAUGUGUUUACAUAUUAAAUCAACAAGUGCGGCUCAGUCAA